UUCUCUCCCUUGCACCCUUCCUUCUCUGCUUGUUUUUUUUUUAUUUUUUUGUUCUUUCUCAGACAUAUAACAAACACCUUACUUCUCCAAACAUCCUUCGAAUCAUUUCUCAUUAAAAACCACCAUGGGAAGACCUCAACAGCGAUACCGUGGCGUUCGUCAAAGACAUUGGGGCUCCUGGGUCUCUGAAAUUCGACACCCUGUCUUGAAGACUAGAAUAUGGCUAGGUACAUUUGAAACAGCAGAGGAUGCUGCAAGAGCAUAUGAUGAGGCGGCAAGGCUAAUGUGUCCGCAAAAAGCACGAACCAAUUUUCCAUACAAUCCCAAUGAGCCUCAAUCUUCUUCAUCAAAGCUUCUCUCAGCUACCUUGGCAGCUAAGUUACAUAAAUGUCACAUGGCAGCACUCCAACUGGCUAAAAAAAAUGCAGUAAAAGAGACUUAUACAGCACAAUGUCACCCUUUAGCCCCCAGCUGUGGCAUUACCGGGGUUAAAAUUGAAGAAAUGGAUUGCCUGCGGCAGCCGGAGACCAAAUGGGAAGGAGAGGAAAAUCAGGCGGGGAGUGAACAGCAGUUCAUUCCACUAGAAGAUGAUCAUAUAGACCAGAUGAUAGAGGAGUUGCUUGAUUAUGGUUCUAUUGAACUUUGUUCUGCUAGUUCAACUUAAGGUCUAGAAUGUAAGCAUCUUCCAAAUGUUGAUGCAGCUUCCUUUUGUUUCAUUUUUCUGGUUCUUGGUAAUUUAUUAGGUCAUAAGGUUAAGUGAAGGCUUCAAAAUUUUUCUUGGAGGUGUCCGUUUGUGAUAUAUAUAUAA